GUAGAGGGACAACUGGCAAAUCGGAAGUUACUGUUGAAGCUAAGGCAGCCAUAACUGCUAAGGGCAAAGGGAGUUUCCUGGCCUCCCGUCUCCAGUGUGACGUAGUUCUCCCUUCGCCCAAUCUCACCGUUGCCCCGGGCAACAGUCGAGCGGUCUGGGGAAGAGAGGAGUCUGUAAGUAGGCCCGAAAAGGACCAAAGGUGACCGGACAUCCCAGGAAGAAAAAAAACUUAGCUGUAUCCAACAAUUCAGAUAUGGCGGAAGUGAAGUCAAUGUUCCGGGAAGUUCUUCCAAAACAAGGGCAGUUGUCUGUGGAAGAUAUAACCACAAUGGUGCUGUGUAAACCCAAACUUUUACCCUUAAAAUCUUUGACUCUGGAAAAACUGGAGAAAAUGCAGCAAGCAGCCCAGGAUACGAUUCGCCAACAAGAAAUGGCAGAAAAGGAACAACAGCAAAUAACUCACUGAAUGAUAACUUAGCACUUCUCCAGAAUGCCCUGUAUUAAUUACAGAUAGAAAAUAAUUUGCAUCUGUAUGCUGAAAAGUGUGUGUUACUAAAACUGAUAGUGCUGGUAAAUAGUAUGAAAAUACCCAAGACUAAUGCAACUUGUAUUGUGAUUUUAGACACUCUGGUUUGUAUUGAACAUAAACAAUUAAAAAGCUUUGAACCCAAAUUUUAAGAGUUUUUUAUUCUACCCAAGUUUUUAGAACUGUAAAUUAUUGUUCACCAUUCCUGUUACUAUCAGUCUUACGGGUAAAAUUCUUAGGCACACGUGACUAAAUGAAACUCUUAUAUUCAGAAAAUCUUUACAUUUAUUAAAAAUUGAAUUUGAUCAUACAUUCUAAUCUUAUACAAAGCGUUUUGGGCUUUUACAUUACCUAAUUUUAAAACUCUUUUACAAAUCUUGUUUCAUGUUUAAGGCUAUUUUGCCUGACCAACUGAUCCUACCAGUAAUGACAAAACUGUAUUUCCUAAAUAAAUUGGAAACCCUCACUGAGCUUUUUGUUUUCAUAAAGCUUUUUUAUGUUUAUUUACUUA